AUGGAGUUUUGCUGUCCAUCCAUGAAGCUUCAGUGUUCGAGUCCCUUUGGUCUGAACAAAAUGGUAGUUUCUGGCUCUCAGAGAGUUACUACGUUCUGGGGAGCCGAAGUUGUCAAGGCCAAAAAUCUGAGGACACAGAAAAUUAGGAGUGGACCUCAAAAGAUUCAGACAAAGCUCAUUCGCUCUGUUCUCUCCCCAUUUGUUGAUCAAGAGUCUCAUGAACCUCUCUUGAGAACACCAAUUGCAGAUCCAAAGAACAUAGCUUCUAUCAUACUAGGUGGCGGUGCUGGGACUCGCUUGUUCCCCCUUACAAGCAAAAGAGCUAAACCUGCUGUGCCAAUUGGAGGGUGUUACAGGCUGAUUGAUAUCCCGAUGAGCAAUUGCAUCAACAGUGGUAUUAGAAAGAUCUUCAUCUUAACUCAGUUUAACUCUUUCUCUCUCAAUCGCCACCUUUCUCGCACUUACAACUUCGGCAAUGGAGUCAAUUUUGGUGAUGGGUUUGUUGAGGUUCUCGCUGCAACUCAAACUUCCGGAGAUGCAGGAAAGAAAUGGUUUCAGGGAACUGCUGAUGCUGUUAGGCAGUUUAUAUGGGUCUUUGAGGAUGCCAAGACAAAGAAUGUGGAACACGUCUUGAUCUUGUCUGGUGAUCAUCUCUAUCGGAUGGACUACAUGAACUUUGUGCAGAAGCACAUUGAGUCAAAUGCUGAUAUCACAGUUUCUUGUCUUCCCAUGGAUGAGAGCCGCGCUUCGGAUUUUGGGCUGCUUAAAAUCGACAAGUCUGGACAAAUCGUUCAGUUCUCAGAAAAACCAAAGGGAGAUCACUUGAAGGCAAUGAAAGUUGACACUUCAAUUCUCGGGUUACCACCAAAAGAAGCUUCGGAAUUCCCAUACAUUGCAUCGAUGGGUGUGUACGUGUUUAGAAAAGAGGUCUUGCUUAAGCUUCUAAGAUCAAGUUAUCCAACAUCCAAUGACUUUGGCUCUGAAAUCAUCCCAUUGGCCGUAAAGGAGCAUAAUGUCCAGGCAUUUUUGUUCAAUGACUAUUGGGAGGACAUUGGAACUAUAGGAUCAUUCUUCGAUGCCAAUUUAGCUCUCACACAACAGCCUCCUAAAUUCCAGUUCUACGACCCGAAAACACCCUUCUUCACUUCUCCACGAUUCUUGCCUCCUACCAAAGUUGAUAAAUGCAGGAUACUUGAUUCUAUAGUUUCACACGGAUGCUUCUUGAGAGAAUGCAGUGUGCAGCACUCUAUUGUUGGCAUACGAUCGCGUAUAGAGUCUGGAGUAGAGCUUCAGGAUACGAUGAUGAUGGGAGCUGAUUUCUACCAAACAGAAGCUGAAAUCGCGUCACUGUUAGCUGAAGGCAAAGUUCCGGUUGGGGUAGGCGAGAACACCAAGAUCAGGAACUGUAUCAUUGACAAGAACGCCAAGAUUGGGAAAAACGUGGUCAUAGCGAAUGCAGAUGGCGUGGAAGAAGGAGAUAGGCCAGAGGAAGGUUUUUACAUCAGAUCAGGCAUUACCGUUGUGGUGAAGAACGCCACCAUUAGAGAUGGUCUCGUUGUUUAG